CAAUAUUGCUCCCCCUCUCUCUCUCUCUCUCCGUCUCUCUCUCUCUCUCCGUCUCUCUCUCUCCGUAUGUGUUUGGGCACGAAUGUUGAUUUCCUAUAAAUUAGGACAGCAACACUUUUAAUUACUUGGUUGUUUCUGGGUGCUGCAUCAAUUUGUUUCAUGAGUUGGAAUGGGUUUUGCUGACAAUACACUGCAAACAGAAUCAAAAAGUGUGGUAUCAUUCAGCAACUGCAGCCAUUCUGAGGGAAAAUCGGGAAGACUGCCUAUGGAAAAUGGUCAUUAUGAUUCUUGUGCUGGUUUGCCUAAGUAUAAGCGGCGGAGAGUUUCAGCCGUUAGGGAUUUCCCCCCUGGGUGUGGACGAUUUGCCCCACGGAUCUCUUUGAGACUGAAUGGAGAAGCCAUUUGUGUUGGUAUAGCUGAGAAUUCAGUAGACCAGGGGAAGUGUGGUGAUGCAUUUGGGGAUGGAACUAGGCUUGAGUCCCAAUCUCCCAAAGUGUUGGAAAAUUUGGAUCUUACAGAUCAGCCAAGGCAAAAAAAUCAUGUGGAGUCCAAAGCAGAAGCACCAGUGGUAUCAUCUGAUCCGAUGGAUGGGCUUAUUGCAGUAAAUAUAACACCUGUUAAGAUGCCAUCGCCAGGAGCUCCAGACACUUUGAGUAAUGCGGAGGAUAUUGAACCAUUAAAAACUUUAGAACGUGCAAAGAUUGAUGUGCCAAAGGAUAUGGAUAAAGUGGAUAUUUCUGCUCUAGUGGAAUCCAUGGUCCCACGAAAUUAUCCUCCUCCUCGGAGGAUUUCAGCUUUUAGAGACUUCCCUCCAUUUUGUGGAAGAAAUGCUCCACGUCUUAUUAAAGAGAGUGCAAAUAUUAUUCUUGCUUCUACAGAGAACAGGAAUAUUGGUAAAGAGAAUUGUGCUGAAGAAGAGCUGAUGAAAUGUGCAGUGAAGACUGAUGUGAAGCAAGUGGGAGACAAUGUUCAAAAUGGAGAUGCCCACAAGAAUAGAUUGGAGAGGAAUAUUUCUAGUCUGAGAUUGGUUAAUACUCAAGUUGAAUCCGAAGGACCUACUUCUAUGGAUAUGAAGAAUCAAGAUGAGUAUGGAGCUUCUUGUGAGAAUGAGAUGAAGGUGAUCCAAGAGGAUUUACCAGAAGAAAGCAUCAAAUCUCCUCAGGAAAGCAUUCAAAAUCAAUGUGACUUGAAGUCUGAGGCAGCCCCUGAAUCAGGAAAGAGAAUUAUUGGAGGUCUGGAGGAUAAUUUAGAGAUGGAUUUUGCGUUUAAGAUGGAGAAGAAAAGCUCAGGGAGAAAGCUUUUAGACUUAUCUUUCUGUACAAAUACAAUGUUAGAGGAGGACAAAGAAGGUCUGGAGUUUGCAUUGGACAGGGUUGUUGUGCAGGGUCUUAUGGCUGCAGGGAAUGAUCCUUGGAGGCAGGGAAAAAUGGCCCAUAAAUGUAAAACCUUGGCAGGUGGUACAGAUAGAGGCAAAGGGAAGAAAAAUGAUUUCACAAUCCAACAACGUUCUGGAUCUGCUGUCAGGACAAAGAAGAACAAUGUUGAUAACUUUGGAGGGACACACAUGAAGAAGAAUAAGAAUUCAUCUCCUAGUGGCAAGGCUUAUCAAGGCAUAGGUCAGAUGGUUGUAUGGGAUACAAAAGAUGAUGUUCAGCAUGGUAGUGUAUCUGAUGAUUUUCAAUUGGUUAGGAGUUCUUGUAAUUUUGGUGUGACACUUCCUCCUUCCUGUCCCAGCAGUUUGAGUGAUAAAGCCGAUGGUAAUGAUGUGUUUGUCACCAGAAACAAAGUUAGGGAAACAUUGCGUCUAUUCCAAGUUGUCUAUAGGAAACUUGUUAAGGAAGAAGAGUCUAAGUCGAAAAAUAUUAAGAGGCCUGAUUUAGCUGCAGCAAAUGUUCUUAGAAAAAAAGGAAAAUAUGUAAACACAAACAAGAACAUCAUUGGCUCUGUUCCAGGUGUUGAAGUUGGGGAUGAGUUUCAGUACAGGGUGGAGCUUAAUAUUAUUGGUCUUCAUCGCCAAAUUCAAGGAGGUAUAGAUUUUGUGAAGGAAGGUAAUAGUGUCCUUGCAACAAGUAUUGUAGCAUCUGGGGGCUAUGAUGAUGAUAUGGAUGACUCAGAUGUUUUGAUAUAUACGGGUUCAGGAGGGAAUGUAAAGGUUGGAGAUAAGGAACCCGAAGAUCAGAAGCUUGAACGAGGUAAUCUUGCUUUGAAGAAUAGUGUGGAUGCAAAGAAUCCUGUGAGGGUCAUUCGUGGAGUGUCUGAAUCAUCCAAAGCAAAAACUAGGACAUAUGUCUAUGAUGGACUAUAUUUGGUGACGAAGUGUUGGCAGGAAAUGGGGCAACACGGAAAACUUGUCUUCAAGUUUAGGUUGGAUCGAAUUCCAGGUCAACCAGAGCUUGCUUGGAAAGUGGUGAAGAAGUCCAAAAAAUUUAAAGUACGAGAGGGUCUCUGUGUAGAUGAUAUCUCUAAAGGUAAAGAGUUGAUUCCCAUUUGUGCUGUGAACACCAUAGACGAUGAAAAGCCUCCACUGUUUGAAUACAUCACUCAUGUUAUAUAUCCUAAUUGGUGCUGCCCUAUUCCUCCAAGGGGCUGUGAUUGUCCUAAUGGCUGCUCUGAAACUGGGAAAUGUUCAUGUGUGGCAAAAAAUGGAGGAGAGAUCCCAUAUAACCAUAAUGGGGCUAUUGUUGAAGCACAACCUCUGGUCUAUGAGUGUGGUCCUUCUUGCAAGUGUCCUCCUUCUUGCUACAAUAGAGUCAGCCAGAAUGGUAUCAAGUUCCAGCUUGAAAUAUUCAAAACUGAAUCAAGAGGAUGGGGUGUGAGAUCUUUAAAUUCAAUCCCUUCAGGAAGUUUUAUCUGUGAGUAUGCAGGAGAGCUUCUUGAAGAGAAGGAAGCUGAACAAAGAAUUGGCAAUGAUGAUUAUUUAUUUGAUAUUGGAAAUAACUGCAGUGACAGUUCUCUCUGGGAUGGACUUUCAAACCUCCUAACUGAGACAAAAUUAAGUUCUUGUGAAGUUAUGGAGGAGAGUUGCUUCACCAUUGAUGCAGCAAAGUAUGGCAAUGUGGGGAGAUUCAUCAAUCAUAGUUGUUCCCCUAAUCUCUAUGCGCAAAAUGUUCUCUAUGAUCAUGAGGACAAGAGAAUUCCUCACAUAAUGCUGUUUGCUGCUGAGAAUAUUCCUCCCUUGCAAGAGCUAACAUACCAUUACAAUUAUACAAUAGAUCAGGUUCAUGAUUCUGAUGGCAAUAUAAAGAAGAAGAGUUGCUACUGUGGUUCUUCAGAGUGCACUGGGAGGAUGUAUUGACGCUGUCUAGCAAAAGAGUUGGAUUUAGAAGCAGCUGUGUUUUACUUGUCAAAGUAAGUUGCUCUAUGGAUUAGAAAUAAGUAUAUAUCCAUAUAAAUAUGCAUACCUCGACUGUUUGUCUAUAUGUUUCUCUCUCCGUUGUUUGUAUUUUGAAGCAAGCAUACUUCUUUCUUUUUUUUUUUUGUUUUUUUUUUAUGACUAAUUCCCUUUUGAUAAAAGAUGUAUGUCUGUAUGCAUUUCCUUUGUGUAUAUUUUGAACACGUGUGAGUCCCACAUAAAAAUGAGAGUAUUCAUUUGAUCUGUA